AUGACCUGGGACUCGAUACUACAGAACAACAACCCAGCAGUCGCCGGGACAUCACAGACCUCACAAGCAGGAUUUGCAGAGUCAGCGAGUGCCGCCAAGGAGUACGAAAUGUUUAUUCGCGGACUACGCAAUGUCUUGGACCGAGGAAUGGUCGCCAAAGGCGGAUAUCGCUUGGGGUCGUCAUAUGUGUUCCCAGCCUCAUUACAGCCGCGACUCGACGGAUCAAUCCUACCCAACUUCCCCAAGAUGCCAUCCUUGACGAUGCUGUCGUGCACUGUAACGAUGUACCUUUCCUUGACGAACCUCAUUUUUCAGCCCACCUUUCAACACCAUCGACUUCGCGUAUUGGAAGCAGCCGAUCUGGAUCCACGUCAAGCCUCAGAGAAAGAGUUGAAAGUGCUCAUCAGCCCACAUGGAACGCCGGCAGUACUUCGACUGCAGGACAUGGCAGAGUUCACAGAGGAGGAGACGCAAAAGUGCCUCGACGGAUGGGCUGAGCAUUUUGGAACGAAUCAGGAAUUGAUCAACGAAAUUUCUCGGUCACUACCGCGUCUUGUUGCCGUCAGUGUCAAGUCAGGGCGAAACGAGGUAGUGCUUCAAUGUCCGACGGAGCGCGUUUUCGUGCCUGUUUCCUGCAAAGAGUCACCAAGUGAUGUCGGCCAGUUGGACGGCAUGGGCUCUAGGAAUCUUGGUUUUAUUGAGGAUCUUGGCGCAAAGUUCGCAGUGUGGUCUUGGCAGGAAAAAACAAGGAAUGCAAUCGCCUCACCUGCUGUGCCAAAGCUCGUACAGCCUGUUUCAGAGCACACGCCUGUCCUUGCAGAGCCCAGGAACCGACUUAAGGCUGGUUCAUCAGCAUGGCAACAACAGCAGCAACAGAUACAACAACAAUUACUUCAGCAACAACUACAGCAGCAACAACAACAACAAUCACAAAACUUCUUUCUGCAACAGCAACAGGAUGCGCUUAUGAAGCGAUCGAGCAACUCGCCCACGUACGAUACCAACAGGAUCGACUACUGGUCCUACACCGACCCCUAUGCCUACCUCACUUCAAUCGUCCUCAACUCCUGUGCCAACGCCGAGCCCAAAGGAGCUGACUCGCCAUCUGCAGCGGAUAAUCAGGUGUCGGUUGUUGUCCCCGUGACACCAUCGGCCAAGCCGACCCGAUCGCGACCCAACGUGACAAGAAGCACAACAGGGUCCAAGGAAGCCGAUGGUUGGAUCAGGGUACGGCCCAGACGAAACACUGUGGCACCGCCAAGUACACACAACUUUGGCGUUUUGGACACUCCUGAUACAAACCAGGCGGCGUGGAGCAACGGCCUUGAUCCAGAAUCGAUGCCGGCGUCAGAGAUCGAACCAAACACGACCAGCUCGACUCAGUUCAAUGCGAACACGUCGAACGAUACCUCUCAGGCAGAUGCUCAGAAUACCAGCACCAACACCUCGUCGUAUCAGCUACCGAUCGAUCUGCCUGCAGACAACAAUGACAUGAUGUCGGGUCUAAUGGACGUGAAUUCGAUGAUGGGCCUCUAUGGCGCUGGAAAUUCGGACGAUCUUGAAGACUGGGGCGUCGUCACCAAGGAUGACUUUAGCUUUUUUGACGAGCAACCACGGAGUGCGCCAGCGCCGCGCCUAUUGCCAAUGGUACCGGAGUUAACCUUCGACAGCCUGCAGAGCAGUAUACCCAUGUCAUCGGCCGAUCUCAACAUAAUCUCUGGGGUCUCGUCGGCGAUCUCGUCUGUUACCCCAACAACGAACGGUGUGAUGGCUACCUUUUCGGAGGGCAUGAUGACAUCUAGCCCGAUCGGCGAUGGCGGCGGCCUCAUGGACAACAUGGACCUCGACCUAUCAGGAUUUGGCAACAUGAUGUCACCGUCCACAGCCAUUUUACCCUCAGGAGGAACAGAUCGAUUUGUCGCCAUAUCCUCGUCAUCUGCUGCCAUUUCACCCUCAGGUGACCAAUCUCUUGCCCCACAAUCUGGUCAGGAUGUCAACAUGCAGACGCCAAAACCCCAAGCGGUGGAAAAGGAACUCAAUCAACUCGACAGUCAACAUAACCAUCAACCACCAGCCCUGCCUACAUCGUUGCAAAUAUCAUCACCAGAUACAUCCAUCAUCAAGAGACCAUCCAUUCUGGUCACUCAUAUGCAUUCGCCUAUCCAGAGCUUUAUACCCUCAUCGUUCUCGCCCCUUAAGAUCGCCGGAGAUGACCUUGUCGACGAGUCCAAAUACAAGAUUGGUGGCCGAUUUGCUUACCGCCGACUCUACAAGCGGAGGAAAACAUCUGUCCCAGACCCACUCAACCUCUACCGUCGAGAGUCCAAGAUGUUACCAUUUUACCAGCCUGGAAAGGACCAAGAAUGGGUCAUGCCCCCUCGGAAGGAGAAACAGCGACGGAAGGCAAAGUCUCAGCCUUUUACGAAUGGGAUCAUUUGGAACGGAUUCCAGCCAGGAGGGUCGAUCGACAUCGUCCAGAUAAGCUCACAGACGGCCCAACAAAAGUCUGCGAUGGCCGGACCUGGAUCGCUCAUCAGAUCUGUUUCAACCCCUGCAACGGCUUGGGGUCUCUCAUCAUAUCCCCUUCACUCCAACCUCAAGCGUAAAAAGGAGGACGAGAACACGAGUGGAGACAGCGACAGUGACUCUGGCUCGAGCUCAUCCACAGACAACAGCGACGAUGACAGCUCGAACGCCUCCGGCACAUUCCGACCUCAGUUCGGUCGACUUUUGCGCAGAAGAGACGAAGCCGGGGGCAUUGCUAGUGACGGGCAGGAAGACGCGUGGACUUUGCGCAGGGUCAACUCGGCGAAAUUUGUCGCGACCUUCCUUGACCAAGCUAUGUACACAUCCGCCGGAAAUGUACUCCUGGACCUUGACUCUGUUGCAACACUUCAGUCGACGACAGCCGCAAGGACUGUGGGGUGGGACUCGGCAGAUGCCUAUCGUUCUGAGAUCGAGUUUGACACGCCUUUUACACCAGUCAUAUUUUCGUCAGUACCCCCCGCACUCGUGGAGGAGCCCCCAGCGGUGCAUGAAUCGUUGGCCUCGGAGUACUUUCUGGAGGCGGUUAAAACGCUGUGCGAGCAGGCUGUCAUAGGCGAUUACCCUUUCGCCGGGUCAAAUGAGGUGACAGGGACAAGUGGUGAAAUAACGGAGGGCGAGAGUUUCCAUGUCAUGUUGGCACGCCGAAAAAUCUUGAGCCAACAGUUGAACGAAGGUGUUGCCACAGUUCCAGCGCUUGGGGACGAAUCCUUCCGGAAUGUAAUGGAGAUCAAGACGGUCAUCUUUGAUCUCCUAGGUCUCCUGCGCGGGAACCCAUCCGACGACACGGUGGCCUUGCCUGUGCCCUCGGAGGCGGCUCAGGAGAUGGGUAUGGGCAUCACAACUCUUCAUGGACAUCACCACCACUCCAGCCAGAGCAAUAUCGUACCCCCUGUUAUCAUGAAGGGGCCCCUGACCCUCCUCCAAUACUUCACCCUGGGAGAGGCUCAGCAGAUGCCAUCCAAGUACGGCAAGUACCAGGUCAAGAAGAAGAAGACGGCGGAGCCAGCCCUCAUGCAGCUUCUGCCACCAGACAUUGUUGUCGGACACAACGACGACUGGCUCGAGGCCUCACCGACGAUUUUAAGGUUUUGGGAGAAGCUGAGUCUUGGACCUUAUUCGAGCAGGAAGAGCAUUUCCUACUUUGUCGUCUAUCCGGAGAGCACCGAUAUGGAGAACAAUGUGUCUCGAUUUUGGAGGGAGCUGAGCGUUUUGUUUGAGACUUCCCUCCUCGGAAAGCACCAGCCGGGGAUAAUUCAGGACUACAAGCCCGGUCUGGUUCCGAUCCCUCUCCUUCCAGCGUUGGCUGGCGAAUCGAUGGAGGCGAGACAGGUCCGAAGCUAUAUCGAUGGUUGCCAGAAGCUGGGAUCGCUUUUGGGCGCAGACUGCAAAGACAAGGACGUUCACACAGUCAUCUACAUGGUGAACCCCUUUCCCCACGGUGCGGGCUACUUUGAUCUCUGCCGGUGUUUCUCCAUCAUGAAGACGCAGUUCAGGACAGCGAUGGGCUCCAUUUCGACGCCAAUGGAACAGCCGCGCGAGAACCUGGUUCUGCAGUUGGUCCCGAUCCAGCAUGUCAUCAACCCGUCGACUUUUGGAGGAUACUUGCUCUUUGGCCUCAAGGAUAUUGCCUUUACAGUCUACGCCAAAUGCAAGGUGUUUUUGGAGCGCGCCACCUUCUCCCGCGAUUUCCUGGCGCAGAUCAACACUUACGCCCCACUGUUUGCCCUAGCCAAGACGACCCCACCGACUAUCCAUUUUGAUGUGCACCAAAAGCCCAACUCGAUGCCAAAGCCACCAGCGACACUUCAUGUAGGCUACGGAUUCAGCCUGGAUGGUCGGUGGCUGAUUUGUGUCUGGACAGACCACCGAGGCGAGCUGCUUGAGCAAUUGGUCUUGGAUAUGACCGACAACACCGGCAGGAUGCUCAUGUCUGGGAAGUCUUCCUGCGCCAACGGAAAACACAGCAACAGCAACAGCAGCCUUCCGCUUUUGACAGGCAUCAAGGAGAUCUGGAACCGGACGCUGGUCUACCAGAGGCGAGGAUCCUUCACCUGGAAAACUGUCAUCAGCAAACUCGGGCUGAUGUCACGGACAGAGUUGCAAGAAUGGACUCGACUAACGGCUGGUACGAACUAUACUGCAGUAGUGGCGGUCAACAUUGAUUCUGCUAUGCGACUGUAUCCUCACAAUCGCGGGUCCGAGUAUCUCUCGUCAGGAAUGACUCCCAACACAAGCGGCGUCAACACUCCUACCAAUGCAGGGCUCACUCAGGCAGCGGGAUUGGGCGUCGGGACACCGCUUGUCGGGUCGAAUUCGAUGGUUUCCAAUAUUACUACAUCGUCGACAGCCACUCCGACACCAGAUGCGGCGACCACGCCGGCAACGCCCCUGAACUUUGGCAAUGCUGGAAACAAUGCAGGAACCACUGGGCUGGGCAUUGCCGGAGCAGUAGCAGCAGCAGGAGGAGGAGGAGGGCCAUUGGGAGGUGCUGGAGGAAUGGCGGGGAUCGGCGGUGUAUCGGGAAACGAGAUUCUGGAGAACAGUGCCGGGCAUGUGUAUGCGAUGAUCCUGAACCAUCGCAUCCCACUGAUUGUAUCGCAGCAGGAAUCUGGUCUCUUGCGGACUGCGCGCAGUGGUAGACGAGGAGGAGGAAGAGAGGGGGAAGGCGGGUCGCGGCUUGGAAACCAAACAGAUGCGAGCGAGACAAAGCCUAUUGUUGGACCGACGGAGGAACCGGAAGAGGGUGAAUACGACAGCAAGGAUAUUCAACUGGAAGACAGCGUCAUGAAUACACCAUUGGCAGACCUGGAUCAGGAUCUUGAUAUGGAGCCUAAGAUCAAGCAGGAGGAGACGUCUGGUCAGCAUGUGCUGCUCCAGGCUGAGAGCGUUGGUGAGAAGAAGGAGUCAUCGUCUGAACAGACGCCACCACCAUUACCUUUGCUCACAGGAGGGAACGAUGUGAUUGUGCCUCUCUCGAGCGGGUAUCUUAUCCAGGUGCCCACCCAAUCCAACUCUGUGAUGAGGGAGAAACACGCUCUAGAGGCACUCGGGGUCGAGGUUCAUCUGCUCCAUCUUCAGCGCAUUCCGACUCUGACUCCGCCAGCGACUCCUAAACCCGCACCAGCAACACCUCCACCUCCGCGACGACCGAUGACAGGCAAGGAGCACCUCGCAGCGUACAGGCCAUCAACUAAACCGAUUUUACACUUCCAACCGAUGCGCUCUACGGCCUAUCAUCUGAGCCGGAUCCCUGCAUUACGCCCUAUUGCGUCCAAGUAUUUGCCGUAUCGACCCAGCAGCUUUUCAGCCUCGCAGUUUAGCAUUCGACCUCCAGCCUCGGCGGCUUCGCCUACUUCGUCAACAAGCGGCAGGAACUCGCUGAGCCAGAGCCCAGGAGGAUCAAUCGGGAAGGGUGUAUUGGCACCAGACACGAGAGGAUCAGGAUCAGGGUCUAUUGGAAGUGGGGCAGAAAUUGGAGGAUCGUCGUCAACAAGUGGUGAGAAGGGCAGUGGUGGAGGGGGAGCAGGGGGCGGCAAGGGAGGAGGAGAGAGAGGCGGCGACAAGGGAGGGUCAGCAACUGCAAGUACGACGAUCAAGGCCACGGUGGCAGCCAGCUCGACGCGCGAGAUCUUGAAGCAGUUCCAUGCUUUAUCGUAUUUGUCGCAGUCGCCAGUCCAGACCAACUGUCUGCCAAACCAUCUGAUCUUGGUUGAGAGGCUGUCGCGGGUGUUGCUUCUUGUUCGCGAAUAG